GUUCCUUGCCAAGUCCUCCCCCCCCCCCCCUCCCCCGCCUCACCCCGCGUUAGGUAGCCUGCUUCCGAUCCCUCAUCUCAAUCCGCUUUUCGCCAUGGGCGCCGCCGCCGACAACCACGAGGAGGAGUCGAGCCCCCUCCUCCCAGCUGCGGUCAGCGCCGCCAUCCCCGCGGACGAGAAGCCCCCGCAGGCGCCGGCUCUGGCUCCGGAGGCCACCAAGCUCUACGCCGAUGGGGUCCCCGUCGUGAUGGGCGAGCCGGUCGCGGCCCACGCCAUCCCGCGGGAGAGCUGGAGCUCCGGGAUCCUCUCCUGCCUCGGCCGCAACGACGAGUUCUGCAGCAGCGACCUCGAAGUGUGUCUUCUUGGAAGCGUAGCACCAUGUGUGCUGUAUGGCAGUAAUGUUGAGAGGCUUGCGGCUGGACAAAGCACUUUUGCAAACAACUGUUUGCCUUACACUGGUCUCUAUAUGCUUGGAAACUCCCUCUUUGGGUGGAACUGCCUAGCCCCAUGGUUCUCUCAUCCCACUCGUACAGCUAUUCGUCGGCGCUACAAUCUCGAGGGUAGCUUUGAGGCUUUCACCAGGCAAUGUGGGUUCUGCGGCGGUCUGGUCGAGGAUGAGGAGAGACGCGAGCACCUAGAGGUUGCCUGUGACCUUGCAACCCACUACCUCUGCCACCCCUGCGCCCUCUGCCAGGAGGGGCGCGAGCUGCGCCGCAGGGUCCCCCAUCCCGGUUUCAACAAUGGGCGCUCCGUCUUCGUCAUGAUGCCACCCAUGGAGCAGACGAUGGGUCGUGGCAUGUGAGCAAUUCCAGCUCCUGCCCUUGCCCUGCUCUAGUUGGAUCUGUGCUACCUGUGAUGCCUUCGCCGUGUAGUCUGUCGCCCGUAAAUACGAGUUGUGAUAUGUGAUCAUGUUGUGCUCCGUGUGUGGACUGCUGUACGGAUUCUGAAUUGUAUUGUAUCACCUGUGUUUGUGGUUCGUGGUCCUCCAUCGACUUGAGAAAUUCAAAAUAUCAGACUAAAGUUUAUCCUUGGUA